GUGAGUGUGUGUCUGGUGUGUGUGUAUGUGAGAGAGAGAGGCAGCGCACAGAAGCGGAUCAGGAUGGCGGAGUGAGGGGUGAGAGGAUGAGACUGCCCAGCUCCGUCCUGGUGUCGGUCUCUCUGUUUACGGCCGAAACGACGGCAGCUUUGUACCUGAGCACCACGUACCGCUCGGCCGGAGAUAAGAUCUGGCAGGGCUUCACGCUGCUCUUCACGCUGGUGCCGUGCGUGCUGGUGCAGCUCACCCUUAUCUUCAUCCACAGAGACCUGAGCAGAGACAGGCCGCUCAUCCUGCUGCUGCACCUUCUGCAGCUUGGACCUGUGAUCAGGUGUUUGGAUGCCUUUUGUAUCUAUGGAAGCUCGGGGAAGGUGGAGGAGCCGUAUGUCACCAUCACUAGAAAGAAACAAAUGCCUCGGUGUGGCCAGGCCGAGGAAGUGGAACAUGAAGUGGGGCAGGCCGAGGGCAAGUUGGUGGCUCACCGAGCAGCCUUUGCUCGAACCUCUGUCAUCCAGGCUUUCUUGGGCUCCGCCCCUCAGCUCACACUGCAGCUCUACAUUUGUGUGCUGCAAAAGGAUGUUUCCAUUGGGAGAGGCACCCUGAUGGUCAUCUCUCUGCUGUCCAUCGUGUACGGUGCACUGCGCUGCAACAUCUUAGCCAUCAAGAUCCGUUACGAUGACUACGCGGUGUCAGUGCGUCCAGCGGCGUACGUUUGCGUGUUGCUGUGGCGCAGCUUCGAGAUCGCAACACGUGUUGCUGUGCUUGUGCUUUUUGGCUCCGUGCUGAAGGCCUGGCUGCUGCCUGUAGUCAUGCUCAGCUUCUUCGCCUUUUUUCUGCAGCCUUGGGCGUCAUUCUGGCGCAGCGGCUCACCCUUUCCCGAGAGCAUUGAGAAGACGCUGACGCGCGUGGGUACGGCCACUGCACUCGCCAUGCUCACUUUCCUGUAUGCCGGGAUCAACGUUUUCUGCUGGUCGGCGGUGCAGCUCAAGCUCGACGACCCUGACCUGAUCGACAAAAAUUACGGCUGGAGGCGAGCAACUGCUUACUAUUCUAUACGCUUCAUUGAGAACAUAGCGCUCACGUCUCUCUGGUUCACCCACCGCACUGAAUUUUAUCGACAAGUAGACGCACCAGUGCUUGAGCUGCUGCUGUUUCUUAGCUAUGCCCUCGCUGUGUUCUUUAUGCUCCUCUUCUAUCAGUGUUGCCACCCCUGCAGGCACCUGUUUUCCUCCAGCCCGGUGCAGGGACUGUGGGAAUGCUGCGGCUCACUACGGAUGCCGGCUGUGUCGUGUUCGCAGCCCGGAUGCACGCAGGGAAAAGUCUCAUUAGAGAGCCCCGAUCAAGCCAAAGACGUGGAACAUGAACCAAUUUCCAGCACCAACGGAGACAUAAACCAGUGUCUGUGUUGAGUCCCUACUGAAGUAAAGAGCCACAGUACAGAUGGAGAAAUGGAGUAGGUGGCAAACCACGUGGACAAUCUUAGCAAGCGAACGCUUUAGCUGAGAAUUAAUGUGAAACGUGAUUCAGGCAAAAACUGAUGAUAAACACAGGUGUCAGACUGAGCCUAUAAUAUAUGAAACUGAACUUGAGCUGAUUUUUUUUAAGUGCCCCUUAUGGACCAGCAGCUUAAUUAGCCAAUGAAGUAAAAUGUAUGUUCUGUGGAUUAUGUCAAAAGUCUUCCUAAGACUUUCUAAGCUUUUUUUGGUUCACUGGAUUUUAAGACAAAUCAGUCAGCAUGAUUGUGGCCUGGGUUGUUUAAGUGCUUUUGCUGAAUGCAUGUGCUGUUUAACAACAAGAGAAUGCUGCUUUCGUCAUGUAAGCUGCUGUCUGCUUGUCUCUCUGUUCGUCUAUACUCCUCUCUCUUUACUUCUCCAUACCUCCCUGACUCCCAUAAUGAUGUAAAAGUGUACUGUCUCUUGUAAAGAUUUUUUUUUUUUUUUAAAUUUAACAAUACUGUAUUAUAAAAGCACUUACAAUGGCAUGUGCAGUGGAGUGGUUUUAAAAUUUUCUCCAAACUAAAAUCUCUUUAUAUAGAAACCCCUCUUAUUAGAGUUUCUGCAUCAAUGACUAAUGAAAGCACACAGUUACAUUUUAUUCCUUAUCAAGUGACUUAAAACUGAGAGCAGAUACAAACCCAUGCAGUUAAUGGUCUCCUGAUCAGAUUUGUUUUUGGACAUCUUUACAAAACUUUUUUUUUCUGUGUACAUAAAUAUUAUUUCCAUAUAUUCCAUUUUAAUAUUUUACAUUGCUUUUCCUGUUUCUUGGCUUCUGCGCUUCAUGUCGAACAAAUGAUACUAAACAUGUAAAUGCUUUCAGCGACAUAAGCUCUAACCAUAUCAGAAAGCCACCGGAUUUGGUGUUCCCGAUCAUUGUAUCUGUCCCCUGUGUUGUGUUUUCAAAGCUUAAAAGCUUCUCAGGUUUAUUCCUUGCUGAUGUCGUGAUGAUGAACAGCGUCCUUUUACCAGCAUCCAACUCAAACAAGAUGAAAGUUUUAUUCACUGAUUCAGAAGGAUGUUACAUGACUAUGUUUCUAUAAUUAAGGUUAGAGUAAGAUUUUUUAAGGAAGUUUGCCUGUUGUAUUAAGAAAGCUUUCCCCCUUUAUUUAAAUAUUUAAUUAUUCACACUUAUAUUUUGCACUUUUAUUGAUUCACAAACUGCUUCUAUAUGAAACGAGACCACGUUUUGCACACUAUACGUCUUUUGCUAAAGGAAUAGAAACGGCUUCGAAGAUUGUAUUUAAGCCUCCGGUGCCCUCUGGUGUUUGGGUAAAUGAAAAUAAUCUUGUAGAUUGUCUUCUUAAAGUCAUUUUAAAAUGUGACCUACAAAUGACUGCUUGUUACAGCUUUCUUCUGUAAGUGGAGUCGGAGAAAGAAAAUAACCUGAAUAAAAAAAAACAAAAACGUUAA